GAGGAAAGCUCUUCUGUUGUUCAAACAAGGCAUCUAUGUUGACUAUGGCAUGCUAUCCACAUGGGGGGAUGGAGAUGAUGAAGAUUGUUGCAGCUAGAAAGGAGUUCGUUGCAGCAACCAAACAGGUCAUGUUCAAAUUCCUAACCUUCAUAGUUCCAAUCCACCCUUUUUGAGAGGUAAAAUUAAUAUUGCUUUGUUGAGUGAGUUGCAUGAACUGAAACAUUUGGAUCUCAGUAACAAUCAUUUAUAUCAAAGUGACAUCCCUCAGUCCAUAGAGUCAUUCACCAACUUAGGGUAUCUCAACCUCUCUUAUUCUCUUUUAGUUGGGAGCAUUCCCAGUCAACUAGAAAAGCUUUCAAACUUACAAUAUGUUGAUCUGAGUAACAAUUACUUGGAUGGAGCUAUCCCUUGGCAAAUCGGAAAUUUUUCCAAGUUGCAGUCUCUUCAUCUUAGACGAAAUAAUCUUGUUGGAGUGAUUCCUUAUCAACUUGGUAAUCUUUCCAAGCUCCAUACUUUGUGACUCGGUGGUGAUGGUUCUAACCUCAUAGUAGCUGACAGAAAAAAUGGUGAUGCAGAGUGGAUAUCAAAGCUCUCUUUAUUAACAAAUCUUGAGUUGAGUUAUGUGAGUAAUGUUGGCAAUUUUCAUAUGUGGCUGCACAUGAUUGGCAAACUUGUGCCGAAACUAACAGAAUUGAGACUGAGAGGAUGUGGCAUUUCUCAUGCCCACAACCUUCUUCGGUCUUCUUCUCCUUCUAACUAUUCUUCUUCUCUUGUCACCCUUGAUCUCUCUUCUAAUAACUUGAGCUCAUCAUUGUUUCAAUGGCGCUUCAACUUCAGCUCUAGCCUUCAACACCUUUAUUUACAAAAUUACAGUCUUCUAUCUCAUAAUCUCUACUUCCUAUCUUCUUAUUUCCAUUUUCCUUCCCUCAUUUUUCUUGAUCUCUCUUAUAAUAACUUGACGUCAGUAAUGACGUUGAACUUUGGCUCAAAUCUUCAAUCACUUUAUUUACGCAAUUGUAGCCUCACAUCAAAUAAUCUUAUCUUCACAUCCUUCAAUCCUAACCUUUCCUCUCUUCUCUUUCUCGAUCUCUCUGACAAUCAGUUGACAUCAUCAACCAUAUUCUAUUGGAUUUCCAACUUCACCUUCAAUCUUCAUGAACUGGAUCUCAGUUGUAACUUGCUUAAUGGUUUCAUUCUAGAUGGUAUUGGAAACAUAAUGAAGUCUCUUGAAGAUCUUGAUCUCUUCUAUAGUCAUUUACAAGAUGAAGUCCCAACAUCACUAGGGAGUAUAUGCACAUUGAAGAGCCUAACACUUGGCUAUAAUAACAUUAGUGGGGACCUUCAGAGAUUCAUUUCUAAUACAUCAUGGUGUGAUACACAUUCAUUGCAAACGUUAGAUUUAGCAAGAAAUCAAUUGACGGGCAUGUUACCUAAUCUUUCGGGUUUUUCCUUUUUGCAAAAUCUGUAUCUCUAUGACAACCAAUUAGAAGGAACAAUACCUGAAAGCAUUGGAUUGAUGUCUCAAUUGAAAAGUCUGCUUUUGGGUGGGAAUAAUUUGGGAGGUCUAAUCACCGAAUCACAUUUCAAAAAUCUUUCUAAUUUGUUGGUCAUAUCAUUGUCUCACAACCCACUAAGCUUGGAAAUUAGCACAAGUUGGAUUCCCCCUUUUCAGUUACUAUCUAUGCAAAUGGCUUCUUGCAUGAUAGGUCUUAAUUUUCCAAUUUGGCUUCGUAAUCAACAUCAAUUAUUUUCCUUGGAUAUCUCUGAUGGCGGGCUUUCAGGUUCUGUGCCAGAAUGGUUUUUGCCAAGGUCAAAAAACAUAUACUACAUGAACAUCUCAUUCAACAAUUUUUCUAGUGAAAUCUCAAAUUUACCACUUAAAUUCAACUAUCAGCCAAUAAUUAUUGUGAAUUCAAAUAACUUUAAAGGUGCAAUUCCAUCAUUUCUUGGGCAAGCAUCAGAACUUCAUCUUUCUGAAAAUAAAUUCUCAAAUUUGAAUGCACUUGUCUGUGGGCAAAUAGAGGAUGGCGGCAUUGUCAUUUUAGACCUAUCAAACAAUCUAUUAAAUGGGUGCCUACCUAAUUGUUGGAGCCAACAAAAUACAUUGGAGUUUGUUGAUUUCAACAAUAAUUUAUCGGGAGAGAUCCCAUCUUCUUUAGGACUCCUUAUGAAUAUGGAGGCUUUGAUUUUAAGAAACAAUUGUUUGACUGGAGAACUUCCUUUCUCUUUGGUGUAUUGCUCCAAGUUAUUAUUGUUGGAUGUGUCAGAGAACAAGUUGUUUGGUUCAAUACCUUCAUGGAUUGGGUAGAGCCUUUCACAGUUAGAAGUUCUAAGCUUAUAGAUAAACCAUUUGAAUGGUAGUUUACCUAUACAACUUGUCACUUAACACAGAUUCAGCUCUUGGAUCUCUCUCAUAAUAUGUUAUCAAAUGAAAUUCCAUCUUGUCUUCAAAAUCUUGUUGUUAUGGCACAAAAGGAUGUCAACCUAACUGAUAGUGGCCAUAAAUAUACAAUCAAUAGGACAAUCAUUCCCAAUUUCAAGCAAUAUUCUUUUGAAUUCUAUAUAAGAUUAGCGUGGAAAGGUCAGGAUCAGGUGUUUAAAAGGCCAGAAUUUUUUCUUAAAAGCAUUGAUCUCUCUAGUAAUGCUUUAAUAGGAGAAAUACCAAAUCAACUUGUCUCUUUGUUGGGAUUGAUUUCCUUAAAUCUAUCAAGAAACCAGCUAAGUGGAGAGAUACCCAUAAAUAUUGGGAAUCUAGAAUCAUUAGAAUUUCUUGAUCUGUCAAACAAUAAAUUAUUAGGCCCAAUUCCUCCAAGCCUUGCUAAUAUUGAUCGCCUCAGUGUAUUAGAUUUGUCAAACAAUCAUCUCUAUGGAAAAACCCAAUGGGAACACAGUUGCAAAGCUUUAAUGCCUCCUCUUUUGAAGAAAACCUUGAUCUUCGUGGAUUGCCACUCAACAAGAUGUGCGCAGAAGAUAAUAUGCCUUCACCUCAAGAAGCCAAUCAUGAUAAAGAAGAAGAGGCCUCAUUGUUCUCUCAAGAAUUUUACUUGAGCAUGGGAUUGGGUUUUGUUGUUGGAUUCUGGGCCUUUGUAGGACCGUUGCUUUUCAACCGAACUUGGAGACAAGCCUACUAUAGGUUUAUGAACACAGUAACAGAUAAAAUCCAUGUCAUGGUUGAAGUUUAUGUGGUUAAAUACCUCACUAUCAGAGACUAGCAACAAGGAUCUGAUUCUCUUGCAGUUUGGCAUUGAAUGUAGUUCUGAUCCAAGUAAUGAUGGUUUGUUGCACAAAUUUAUGUUAUGAUUUGAAAUUUAUUGUACUUAUAAUAAUGUUCUCUACUAGCAUUUUAUCGAACUGGUUAUGUUUUGCUUACUGUCCUUUAAA